AUGAAAGGUGUAAUGAGGUUUGGAAAGAAGGGAAAGUUGAGCCCAAAGUACACAGGGCCAUAUGAGAUUAUCCAGAAAAUGGGAAAAGUGGCAUAUAAGUUGGAUUUGCCAAAUGAGCUGGAAAGGGUUCACAAUGUGUUCCACGUGAGUCAAAUUCAAAAGUAUAUACCUGAUGUAACACAUGUGUUGCAACCAGAAACCAUCGAGAUGGAUGAGAAUUUGACCUAUGAGGAAAGACCAGUAAGGAUUCUGGAUACUAAAGUGAGAAGUACAAGAAAUAAGGAUGUGGGUAAUGUGAAAGUGUUGUGGUCGAAUCAGAAAACUGAGGAGGCUACAUGGGAAGCUGAGGCGGAUAUGAGGAAACGUUACCCAGAGUUGUUUGCCUAA